UAUUUUUGACAGUCAAUAAAAAUUUUGAACAUUCUGUCAUUAUCACUUCAGAUUUAUCAAAACAUGAAAUGAUUUUAUAAACUAUUAAAAAAAAAAUACGCCUUGACUUCUUUAAAGCUGAACAAUAUUCCAAAAUGAAUAAGCCAGUAUCAAAAGUUGUAAAAUCAAAGUCUUCGAACAGUGCGGUGUAUACGAAAAGCGAUAAAAAUAACAAAAAGAGCAGAAGUAAUGCUGAAUUUCAACCAAAUGUUUUGAAGAAGCGAGGCAUGUAUGUCGAAAAAAAGGCCACAAAAACUUCUAUUAAUGAUACAGUUGCUCCACCAAAGCAGAAAGCACCUCCCAGACCUCGACCAGGCAGCAAGAGAUUCCUCACCUCCGUUCUCACCAUCUUGUCAAAAUCCACAACUGGAACCCAACAUCCGGAGUUAAACGAUGCGAAGUCCACUCGCAAAAACAAACCUGACGCGACCGUUGAAAAGCGCGCCAAAAGAAAAUUCAAAUCUAGAAUAUUGAACGAAAGAUUAGACGACAAACUUAUUGUCCUUCAAUCUACUAAAGACAUGGUAAAUACGCCAUCUAUAUAUUCAGAGAGAAGUCAGGAUACCAUGUCAAGGAUUACGAAAAGCGAAAUACAGAAAAUGGAUAAGGCAAUCGAAGUAGAUGUGAAAAAGAGGAGGAAGGAUAAAAAAGUUACUAUAGACGAACCAGUAACGUUAGUACAGGAUAAAAAAGAUCCAGGCCUUUAUAAUUUCUUUGUAGAUUUACUGCAGACUACGUUCAGUGCUUGUAAUAUGAACCCGAAUACUGAACUGAAGAAACCUAGCAACUCGAAAAUAGAUUUGGUGAUCAACGAAUCCGUAGCUAAGAAACUAAAUGUAAUAAAAGAAAAGGAACCUUUUAAAGUUGCUGAAAAAGUGUCGGACUUUUGCUGUCUCGGACAAGAAAAUUGGAGUGAUGAUGAAAUGAAGGAUACCCCACCGCCAAUAAGGUUUUCCAAAAUAGAUUUAUUACCCAAGCCAAGAUACAAGAAAAAAACGGAAUCAUUGAGCAGUAAAGCGAUGGUACCGAAAGUCUACAGUGGAUUAUUUCCAACCAAGAAAUCUUAUACAGCAAAGAACAAGAAAAAAAUCGUAUUGAACCUUUUAAAAAGACAAUUGCAAAUGGAAACUGAAUCGUUCGUCGAACCACAAAAUAUAUACCAAGCGUUGCGAAAUAUAGCGAGGAAUAAACGGAAAUAUCAAAAAUCUAUUCGAUUUACAAAAGUCGAUAAUAGUGACGAAUGUAUUUUUAAACAGAAGAAAAUUAUUUCAGCCAGUAAGUCGAAAAAACGUAUCGAUAAGGAAUCAAAAUUUAUGAGAAUCGAUUCUGAUUUUAAAAAACCUAAAGAGUUUACAAGCGAGGAGUCGUUACAUUCUUUAGAAGUGUUCGACUAUGAUUAUGAAAUUGAUCAAAGGAGGCGAAAAGAAAAGAAGAUUUUCUAUGCCCGUCCAUCUUUCAUUUCUAUUGAUCAGAGUAGACUGAAUGAGGAUUCAAUACAAAUGACAGAAGAUUACGGAUUUUAUGGCAUGUAAAGAAAUAGUUUGAAGAAAUUCCAAUACAAAUAAAUCAGCAAAAAUAUUGAAAAACUUAUGUAGUAUUAAAAGUCAUUUUGAAAAAAGGUUUUUGUUUCGAUUUGAACAUGAAGAAUAAAUGUUCUUAUCAUUCUUAGGUCAAAAAAUAAAACUCCAGUAAACA